AUGAUCGCAUUUCCAACAAUUCCAGAUGUUUGUGUUGAUACUGACAUCCAGAAAAUCGUAGAAGUCGAGUCACAAGCUGGACUUGACGAUACACUCUUUGAUGAUACCGAAAACUAUGAAGCUGUUGAAACAAUUUACAAGCAUAUUCAGAAUCACAAGAUUCCUUCAAUUCAUUUUAUCAUUUGGACAACAGUUCUUGCAGAGCUCUUUGUAAUCAUUAUUCCGCUUAUCAUUAUGCUUGGUGUUUACUACGAAUUUGCAGUUGUCUUAGAAGAUCCAGUCAAUUUCAUGAAAGGUAUUGCAGAUACUCGUGAUAUCAUUUGCAUGCUCACAGCUUUCGCAGGCAGAUACAUUUUACAGAGUUUGGAUGAUCCAUAUGAUCCAUCAAAGAAGAUUGAAAUGGAAAUUCCAUUCCGAAUUACAUUAAAUUGGGAUGCUUUUGCUGGAUACUCAAAAACAAUUGAUAUCAUUCGUUGGAUUGCUCAAACAGUUUCAACAGCGAGUGAAGUUGUUAGUCCAUUAAGAAAUUACAAAGUAGGAGAUCCGCAUAUAGAAAAAGUGAGAGAUAUUAUGUUUACAAAGAUCACAAAUUAUUCCUAUUAUUUGAACAAUACAUUUAAACAUGAUGUUCUUGCUUCAACAACAGAUAUCAGCUAUCAACUUGCAGCAGUUAUUGGAAGAAUCACAGAUCUUCCAGAGAUCACAGUUGAAAUUGCUAAUGGAGCAGAUUCAUUAACAGCAAGAAACAAUUGCCAAAAUGCUUUGCUUCUUUUGAAUCAAGCACUUCUUGAAAUGAUUGAUUUCUUGAAGAAGAACAACAAAUCAUAUCAAUUGUACUUCGAGCUUACAAUCAUUUUAGCAAUUGUUGCUUGUGCUAUUAUUUAUCCAACUAUUUAUCUUUUACAGAUCAAGAAACUUAGAAGAAACAGAUAUGAAGUCCUUUAUGUUUUAACAACAUUACCAAAGACAGUUAUUUCAUCAAUUUCUGCUUCGUAUACAAGCAGGAAGGGUGAUGAAACAAAAACAAUGACAUCUUCAUCCUCAUCAAAUGAUAUCGAAUUGAACAAACAAGAAGAGAGUAUCAUUAAAUUAUUCUCCAGUAUUUCCGAUGGUUCAUCAAAGGCAUCAAUUGAAUUAGUUAUUGGUUUCUGCAUACUAGUGAUCACAGUUUUGGGAUGCUUGAGCUACUACGUUUCAAUGCAAAGCUACAUUUCUGCAUCAGAGAAUGUUGUUUAUAACUGCCAUCACAUUAACUAUCUCUUUGGUGCAAACUCCUAUCUUUACAGUAUCAUGGCUUCUUUCUUCAAGAUUUCAAUGGCAAUGUACCAUCCAGCAUUGAGACCAUCAAUUGUCAGCCUUGAUGAGGAGAUAGAUAACAUCAAAGAGAGAAUUCCAAUGUUAGUUUCAUAUUUCCAGAUGAUCAGAUUAGGUGGUGAAGACAGAAGAGAAAUUCCAUUUAGUGAAAUGCAACAAUCUAUCAAUGAUGCAUCAAAUGCUUUGACAUGCUUCAAUAUCUUAGAGCCACCAACAAGACUUCAGGAUUCUACCCAUUGUUUGAGUGCAGCUCAGCAAUUAUACGUUGCAACAAUGAUUAUGAAGAGAUAUUAUGGCUUGAUGACUGUUCCUAAUCCAUAUUACAUGAAUCCAUCACACCAGAACUUACCACAACUUUGGCAGAUCGGUCCUGUUGAACUAUACCUUACUUUCUUCUGGCAUGCUGAAGAAUCAAUUGUUCCAAUCAUUGUAGAAAAGAUUGGAAGCGAAGAUUUCGAACAAAACUUCUAUUCAGCAAUGUUCAUUAUCUCAACAUCAUUUUUGUCUUUGAUCAUUAUAGUAAUGGCAGUGAAAGAAGAUAAACUCCUUAAGUUCACAUUGAAGCUAUUCCUCAAAUGUCCAUCAUCAGCAACAUUAGGAAACCAACGUGUUAUGGACUUGUUGAUUGGCAACUACACAUAUAAAACACACGAUGAUCAAUCACAGAAAUCAGCCGAAUUCACAAAUGAUGUCGUCAACAGGCUGAAUGAAGUCAUUAUUGUCUGCCAAGAUGAAACAGGAAAAGUCAUCUCAGUCAAUAACUCAUUCGAAACAAUGUUCGGCAUCAAAGAAGACGAAAUCAGAGAUACACCAAUUAAAGACUUCUUCAAAUCAGGAAGAUUCAUUGCUGAUGGAGAGAUUGAGAAAGUUUUUACACAAGGACAGAAACUCAUCUUCAAGAAGGAUGACACAGAAAAAAUCUAUCUUGACUGGACAACAUCAGUCAUGAGUGGAAGAAGAAUAUACUCAGGAAGAGAUGAAACACAAAACAUGAUGCACGAGAAGUUGAUUGCUGAUGAAAAGAAGAAAUCAGACCAAAUGUUGGCAUCAAUAUUGCCACCAAUGUUAGUCCAAAGAGUUCAAGCAGGUGAAAAGAACAUCUCAUUCUCAGUCCAAUCAGCAACAGUCCUCUUCUUGGAUGUUGUCGAAUUCACACCAUGGUGUGGCUCUCAUGAUGCACAGUAUGUCAUGAGAAUGUUGAAUAUCAUGUUCAAGGAAUUCGAUGCAAUCACAAAUGCACACAAGACAAUGACAAAGAUCAAAUGCAUUGGUGACUGUUACAUGGCUGCUGGUGGUAUCUUCGAUGAAGUCAAUCAGCCAGCAGUUCACGCUAAAGAAGUUGUCGACUUCGGCACACUAGUCAUCAAGAAACUUCUCGAGAUCGAUGAACGCGAGAAAGAGAACUUGCGUAUUCGUGUUGGUAUCAACACAGGAGGACCAAUUGUCGCCGGUGUCAUUGGCACCGAGAAGCCGACAUUCGAAAUCCUUGGUCCGGCAAUCAACAUGGCACACGAGAUGGAGAACAAAGGUGUCCCAAUGAAAGUCCACAUCAGCCGCCCAGUUUAUGAACUUAUCUAUGGCCAACAGUUCGAAAUCAAAGAACGUGGUGAAAUUGAUGUCAAAGGCGGAAAGAUGUUCACUUAUCUCGUAGAACCAUAA